AUGGCAACCAAAGUUAUCACGGCUGGUGAACAGCUGCCAAAAAAGCAAAUCCUUCUUAAUGCCUUUGACAUGUCAACUGUUGGCCAUCUCUCGGUCGGACAUUGGAAAAAUCCAUCUGAUAGGUCGGCAACAAAACGGAAGCUCGAUUACUGGGUCGAUUUAGCUAAGCUCCUUGAAAGAGGUGGAAUUAGUGGGCUGUUCCUUGCAGAUACCAAUGGAGGCUUCGACACCUACGGCGACAGCGUCGAGGAGAGCAUCAGGAAAGCUGUUCAGUGGCCAGUGACUGAUCCGUCUAUUCCGAUCACAGCUAUGGCAGCAGCAACGAAGAACCUCGUCUUUGGAAUCACAGCCUCUACAUCUUUUGAAGCUCCUUUCGUCCUUGCAAAGAGAUUUUCAACUCUCGAUCACAUGACAGAUGGACGCAUCGGCUGGAACAUAGUCACGUCGUGGAAGAAAUCUGCCUUUAAUGCCAUUGGCUUAGAUCCUAUCGAGCAUGAUCAACGAUAUGCUCAGGCUGAUGAGUAUAUGAGAACAUUGUAUAAACUUUGGGAGGGCUCCUGGGCUGAUGAUGCGCUGCAACCUGAUGAGACCACGGACACAUAUGUUGAUCCGUCCAAAGUCUGCCACAUCGAUCAUCGGGGCAAGUAUUACAAAUUAUCUACCCGCUAUAUCGUAGACCCUUCUCCCCAACGAACGCCGUUCCUAUUUCAGGCAGGCUCUUCGGCCGAGGGGAUCGACUUUGCAGCCACACAUGCUGAGGGUAUCUUUGUUUCAUCACCGUCUCCUGAGCUGCUGCGAGGGCAGAUUGAGAAAAAUCGCAAGAUUGCGGCCAACAAGGGCCGAGACCCACGCUCCUUGAAGUUCUACCUUUCCUUUACGCCUAUUCUUGGCAAAACGGACGAGGAAGCUCAGGGUAAAUAUCAAGAGCUCGUGAAGCACGCAAGUCCUGUUGGUGGCUUAGUGCUUUUCAGCGGAUGGACUCGAAUUGAUAUGUCAAAACUCCCGCUCGAUGAGGACAUCAGCAAAAUAGAUUGUGAGGAAGGUACAAAAUUGUGCAGUAUUUUCAAGCCCACCGCCGAGACGCCCGUCUGGACACCUCGUCUCAUUGGCUUGAAAGCAGCGAUGAGCGAGAUUUCACCAUCCGCUGUCGGGUCUCCGUCGACCGUGGCGGAUGUAAUGGAGAAGUGGAUCAACAUCGCUGAUGUGGACGGCUUCAAUCUCGGCUAUGUCACGUCGCCCGGCUCCUUUGAGGAUGUAGUGGACUUGCUUGUGCCUGAGCUUCGGAGGCGUGGAAUAUACCCCGAGGAGAUUGAAUCUGGAUUAACGGCACGGGAACGAGUAUAUGGGAAGGGACAGGCUCGAUUAAGGGAUGAUCAUACCGGGAGCAAGUACAAGUACGAGGUAUACCAGGAGGAAGAGCCCUUUACCGCCGAUGACCGGUCAGAAGACAGGGAUGAGAAGGCACUGUGA